GCCAACCGCCGAUAAACCCCACUGAAGAAGAAGAAGAAGAAGAAGAAUAACUGGGAGCCGGGGCACGGUUUUGAGUUCGUGUGCUUGUUGCCAGGUGAUUCAGAAUGGGGGAAAAGCCGAUUUGGGAACAGAUAGGAUCCAGCUUUGUGCAACAUUACUACCAGCUCUUUGACACUGACAGGACCCAGCUUGGAGCAAUAUAUAUUGAUGCAUCAUGCCUUACGUGGGAAGGACAGCAAUUCCAGGGAAAGGCAGCGAUUGUCGAGAAACUUUCUACUCUCCCCUUCUUAAAAAUUGCUCACAGUAUAACAGCACAAGACCACCAGCCCACCCCUGACAGCUGCAUAAUGAGUAUGGUAGUAGGACAACUAAAAGCCGAUGAGGACCCCAUCAUGGGAUUUCAUCAGAGUUUCAUCCUGAAGAACAUUAAUGAUGCCUGGGUAUGCACCAAUGACAUGUUCCGGCUCGCGCUGCACAAUUUCGGCUAAGGACACCAGAGGUGUGCAGGAGGGAUAUGAAGGAAGGCUGAGGAUGGGGGACCUCUUGCAGUGACACCUAAAUGCCCAACCUUCCCUCGGUAUCUUCCAUACCUGUUUGAGAAAUUACACCGGAUUCCAGGUGUCAAUCACAGAGACAUACAGGCACAUAGGCUACAUGCCUCCAACUGAAAUGAGAUGUGUUCCUUUGCUGAGCGCUCGCAGAACCAUCAGUCUCGUUCCCUACGCCAGUGUUUCCUAGCCCCAGUCAUCGAGUACCCCAACAGUACAUAUUUUUGUUGUGACCCCGGACAAGCACACCUGAUUCUACUUGUCAACUAAUCAUCAAGCUCUUGACAAGUUGAAUUAGGUGUUUUUGUCUGGGUCUACAACAAAAAUGUGUGCUGUUGGGUGUACUUGAGGACUGGAGUUGGGAAACACUGCCCUACGCUAACCUGCAUGAUGCUGGGGAGCUUGAAUAUCUGAAGAUGCCAGAAAAUGAGAAAAAAAUUUACCAACUUGCACCGUUUUCUCUUCCAUUUUAGAUUUAAGUUCAGACUCAACAUUUCUUAGAUCCUCUUGUUUUCUCUUACUCCCCUUUGUGUUGUAGCUUGCCAUAGUGUAUACAACUACAUUUCGCUUAUUUUUUGAAGUUUAAAUUAACAUUCAUUGUCAUAUCAGGUUGCUCUAGCGAUCCAAAGAAUCAUAGAAAAUAUGGUCAAUAACACACCCUUCCCUCAGACCAGCAAGUUUUCAAUUUCCUGCUCACUGUUCUCUGUGACAAUGAAUACUAAAGCCACGAUACACAAUAAAAGUUGACUUUUUCUUAAUGAUGUGA